AUGGUGGAUAGCCGACAACUCUCACGGCUCAGCGUGGCGGCGGCAGGUCUGGUCGAAAGAACCAGAAUUGAUGUGGCAACCAGCGUGGUGGUGGUGGUACCUCUCAGCGUAGUGGCGGUGGUCGGCAGCAUGGCGGCUGUGGACAUGGGGGUCGUGGUCACGGCAAUAGCGGAAGAGGAAAUCAGGUUACAUGCCAGAUCUGCAGACAUUGGUAGCCCUCAGUUGUGGAUCCUAGACACUGGUGCAACCAAUCAUAUGACUCCAGAUAUUGUUGCCUUAUCUACCUCGGAAGAAUAUGUUGGUAAUGACACCUUGCGUGUCCGUAACGGUAUGGGUUUAUCUAUUAGUCAUGAUAUCACUACCAAGGAAAUUCUACUUCGGGGCAAUAGCUCUGGGGGCUAUACACGCUACCGCUACCAAGAGGCACCACCUACUCAGACUGCUCCUUGGGCGGAAUCUAUUCUCCAUCAUGAUGUCAUCAUUGCUGCGUCAGAUUCUGUGCGCACCGGUCCGCCGCCAGAGCCCGUACUGCCAGACGAGCCCAUGCAAGCAGAUUACAUGCAGCCUGCGUCAUCCUCGGGCGAACUCGUAGAAGCUGCAUGGCGUCCGCGUGGCAGGUCGACGAGAUCGACUGUCCGCACUCACUCCAUGAUGACUUGUAGUAAGUCUCAGGUUCCUCCUACGGCUCUAGCUACUCAGGUUUGUCCUAUGGAACCUACGUGUUACACUCAAGCUGUUAAGUAUCCUGAGUGGCAUGAAGCUAUGGACCAAGAAUUUAAUGCUCUUCUUCAAAAUCAGACUUGGUCCCUAGUUUCUAACACCAUAGGUAUGAAUGUUAUUGGCUGUAAAUGGAUGUUUCGCAUGAAAAGGAAGGCUAAUUGUACUAUUGAUAGGCAUAAAAUCAUGCAGCUAGAUGUUCAUAAUGCUUUCUUAAAUGGCAAUUUGGAUGAAACUGUUUAUAUGAAGCAACCCCCUGGUUAUAUUGGUGCUAGUUUUCCAAAUCAUCGAUAUAUGAAUGAUAUUUUGAAACGUGCUGGAAUGGCAGAAUGCAAACCUCUUUCUACUCCUAUAUCUAUUUCGAAAACUGUUUCCUUUAGUGCAGAAUUAUAUGAUGAUCCUACGCAGUACAGUAGCCUAAUGAAACAUGUCUUGAGGUAUGUUAAAGGAACAGUUGAGUUUGGGUUGCGUGUACGAAAAUCAAGGUAUAAGGAAAUUCAUGCUUUUUCUGAUUCUGAUUGGGUUGGUUGUCCUGAAGAUUGUAAGUCCAUUAGUGGUUUUGCAGUUUUUCUAGGGACUAAUCUUAUAUCUUGGGUCUAUAAAAAGCAAAGAACUGUUGCUAGGUCUUCCACCGAUGCAGAAUACAAAGCUCUAGCAGAUGUUUGUGCUGAAGUAUUAUGGAUUAUUUCGUUGAUACGCGAAAUAAAUGUACUAGGUAUUUCUAUUCCAAAACUAUGA